AUGAAUUACAAGCAACUGCUGUGUGCACUGCUGUUGUGCACAGCCGUGGUCCUUCGACCCACAGCGGCCAAUGGCGUGAACCGAGCAAAUCCUCGCAACAAAUUGCAUCAGAACAAUCAACCCCGUUCGGCUGAUAGUGAGCAAAAUAACCCACGUAUAUAUCCAGAAUUUUGGAAUAAAAUUGGCAAAGGGUCGACAACUACAACCACUGUCGCUCCAACAACCACAUCAGUAACUACACCAACAACUGUUCCAACGACACCAACAACCACGUCUCCAACGACACCCACAACACCAACUACCACAAGUCCAACGUCACCCACAACGACUACGCCUACAACUGCAACUACGGCAACAACAGGUACUGGUGCAUCACCUACAGGUACUGGAGCCUCACCCACUGGUGCAUCACCCACUGGGGCAUCACCCACUGGGGCCUCACCUACUGGUGCAUCACCUACUGGUGCAUCGCCCACUGGAGCAUCACCCACUGGAGCUUCACCCACUGGUGCAUCACCUACUGGUGCAUCACCCACUGGUGCAUCGCCCACUGGUGGAUCACCAACCGCUCGUCAAUUAGACGUUAGUGAAGACGACUCUGCAGUUAUUCGUGGCAGUGACCUGGAAAAGCAUAGAUCAAGCAAAUAUGAUGAAAUCGACGAUGAUGACGACGACGACGAAGAUGAUGACGAUGAUGAAUAUGACAAUGAUGACACCGACGCUGAAGAGGAAAACUACAGUGUUGCGAACAAAGGAUCGCGACAAGUUGCCAACUAUAACAAUUUUAACAACAGGAGAAUCAUGCAACGCAUCCAACGUGAACGUCGUAUACGCCGCCGCCAAAGGAAUAUUGCCCGACGCCGCUAUAUACAGCAGAGACGAUCGAUUCAGAGAAGAAGAAGAAUUGAAAGAAAUCAACGGAUUCGCCGAUUAACAGUAAAACAGAUCCAACGUCGUAGGCAAAGGAUUUUCGAGACAAUUGCCAGGCGACGUCGCCGCAAUCAAAGGAGACUUCGCAUGCAAGCUAGACGCCGACGUUUACGUCAGCGCAGACUAAGGCGACGCAAGCGAAUGCAAAGAAGAAGACGCAUGCGUAGAUUCCGCCGCAUGCAAAGACUUCGCAGAAGACGUCAACGCAUACAAAACAGACGUCGUGUGCGUCUCUUUAGAUUGAGAACAACUCGUCGUGGUUGA